UACGGAUACGCGCACUCGCGCCCCCCAUUAAAUUGGAGCUCCGAAUUCGAUAGCAUCUCAUCCAGAGCUCGCGACACAGCUCAGUGUUAGUGUACUACACUUGGGCAGCUUCGAGCCAGCAGCUAGCUUCCGGGUGUUCCAGCGAUGACGACGGCGGCGGCGUGCGGCGUGGGGAGGCGGUACGCGCUGCUGCUGGCGCUGAGGGACUCGGAGUACGCCCGGAAGGUGUACGGAGGGUACCGCAACGUCUUCGUGGCCGCGCUCGGCGGCGUCGACGGCGAGAGGUGGGACUGCUUCCGCGUGGUGGACGGCGAGUUCCCCGCGCCGGAGGACCUGGCCCGGUACGACGGUUUCGUGGUGAGCGGCAGCCCGCACGACGCGUACGGCGACGACGACUGGAUCCGCCGCCUGUGCGCGCUGAUCCAGACCGUCCACGCCAUGAAGAAGCGGGUCCUCGGCAUCUGCUUCGGACACCAAGUUUUGUGCCGAGCAUUGGGGGGAAGGGUGGGCAAGGCGCGUGGCGGAUGGGACGUUGGGGUGAGGAAGGUGACCUUCGUCCAUGACCUGGAGGGCUUGGAGUUCCUCCGGAAUCUCCAGAUCGACCGGCUCCCCAAGUACGCCUCCAUCAUCGAGGUGCACCAAGACGAGGUGUGGGAGAUCCCGCCGCGGGCGAGGGUGCUGGCCUACUCAGAGAAGACACGCGUGGAGGCGUUCGCGGUGGGGGAGCACGCACUGGGCAUCCAGGGCCACCCCGAGUACACCACCGACAUCCUCCAUAGCCUCAUCGACCGCCUCCUCCGCGAGAACGCUAUCCACCGGUGCGUGGGCGAGGACGCGCGGCGGACGAUGGCGGAGAGCCGCGGACCGGACUGCAGGUUCUGGACGGCGCUCUGCAGGGGGUUCCUGAAUGGAGGAGGGAGCUGCAGCCGGUCGCCCGCGGCGCCGGAGGUCACCAGCCGGGCCGCUGUCGACUGCUUCGCCGGCGCCGCUCCGGUGCUCCCGCUGGCGUGCAGUACCAGGACCGGCACCUAUUAGUUAUUCGCCAGCGGCUAGCGCUGCACGUCGUCGUACGCAAGUGCCUUCAUGGUUGGCGCCAUGUACGGCGUGCAAUCAGGGAGGACGAAGGAGUGGGUGGUGGUGAGGUCCAGCUCCCAGAUUCAUGCAUGUGUUACACACUUCACACUGCACAGCUCUCGAUUAAUGGAAGCCAUAUGGACGGGACAAUUGGCGUCCUUUUUUCCGUGAGCUAGACAGGCUAGAUGUGUAUUAUAUGUGUCUUUUUUUUUUAAUGUAUCGAAUGUGUCAAUGUAUAUUUAGAUCAUUUAAA